GUCCUGCAGGUGGAUGAAGGCGGAACAAAGGGUAAGGACAUCUUCGUUUUCUUUUUCUCUUUCCCUACUUUCAUUCACCUCCAUUGUUUUCCAAUUCCCAAGGACACCGUGAAAUACAAUCCGCCUUGAAACUUCCAGCUACCUAAGUCUGCAAAUAUGUGUCGUUGGUUUGCAUACAUCUCAGCCACGGAGCCAUGUCUCAUUGAAGAUGUGCUCGUCACUCCUAACCAUUCCCUGAGCAAACAAAUUCACGAACAUUACCUACCGAAGCUCCUCUCCCAUGACCCAGCUGUCCAUGCAGAACCUACCACCGAAGCCGAAAUCACCGAACGGAACAGAUUAUUCAACGUAGACGGCUUUGGAAUGGCCUAUUACAGCGAUGCACACUCAAAAUUCUCCCACGGCUUAGGAAAUGUUACCCUAUAUCCUGCUUGCUAUAAAAGCAUUCAACCUCCCCUCCACGACAGCAAUUUCCGCAGCCUCGCCGCAAACACUUACAGCAAUGUUCUUUUUGCACACAUUCGGGCUGCAACCUCGACUGCCAUUACACCCACCAACAAUCACCCUUUUACCUUUGGAAUUCACACAAUCAUGCAUAAUGGGUACAUCUCAUCCUUCUCCAAAAUCAAGAGGAAGAUGUGUCAAGAGAUGACCCAGGAAGCUUACGAGCAUAUUGAAGGUGGUACAGACACCGAGCAUAUCGCUGCGCUGUUAAUGUCAUAUCUCUGUCCAGAUGAGCCCGACUUGAAGCAGGCCCAACCAACCGCGGACGAUGAGAAGAUACCAAAGGCUUGGGGACUCUAUCAUACACCGACUGAGAUCCAGUCUGCAUUGGAAAGGACAAUCUCUACGAUUAUCAAGAUCCAGCAAGAAAACUUUGGUCAAGCAGCGGAGCCAAAUGAUCUCAAUAUCGCCGUUACGGACGGUCGAUCUUUCGUUGCUUGCAGAGUCAGGAAUCAUCCUACUGAACAGCCCCCGUCACUCUACUACUCUACCACUGCAGGUGCGACCCUCAAUCGACAAUUUCCUGACCAUCCCUCGGGACCUGCUGGGCCUAAUGGACCAAACAAGAAGGAAGGCAAGCAUAUGGAGGAUCAUGGGAAACAUGUCAUUGUUGCGAGCGAGCCAACAACAUACAAGGACAAAGAAUGGACCUUGAUCGAGAAGAACAGAAUUGUGCUCGUGGAUAGCUCCGGAAACAUCCAGGUGGAGGAGAUGAAG